CAGGGACCCGCUUCUCCCCGCGCCCGCGCCCCGGCUCGGCCCGCUCAUUGGUUGUAGAAAAUGGUGAAAGAAACCACGCACUAUGAUGUUUUGGGGGUCAAACCCAGUGCCACCCAGGAAGAGCUGAAAAAAGCUUACCGGAAACUGGCCUUGAAGUACCAUCCUGAUAAGAAUCCAAAUGAAGGCGAGAAGUUUAAACAGAUUUCUCAAGCAUAUGAGGUGCUUUCUGAUGCCAAGAAAAGAGAACUGUAUGACAAAGGAGGCGAGCAGGCCAUCAAGGAGGGUGGAUCAGGCGGUGGAUUUGGUUCCCCGAUGGACAUCUUUGAUAUGUUCUUUGGAGGCGGCGGACGGAUGCAGAGAGAAAGGAGAGGAAAAAACGUGGUGCACCAACUCUCAGUAACAUUAGAAGAUUUGUAUAAUGGUGCAACAAGAAAACUGGCCCUGCAAAAGAAUGUGAUUUGUGACAAAUGUGAAGGCCGAGGCGGUAAGAAAGGAGCCGUAGAGUGCUGUCCUAACUGCCGUGGUACGGAGAUGCAGCUACGAAUCCAUCAGAUAGGGCCUGGAAUGGUGCAGCAAAUUCAGUCUGUGUGCAUGGAGUGCCAGGGCCAGGGGGAACGGAUCAGCCCUAAAGACAGAUGUAAAAGUUGCAAUGGAAGGAAGAUCAUUCGUGAGAAGAAGCUUCUAGAAGUUCAUAUUGACAAAGGCAUGAAAGACGGCCAGAAGAUCACAUUCCACGGUGAAGGAGACCAAGAGCCUGGCCUGGAGCCAGGAGAUAUUAUUAUUGUUUUAGAUCAGAAGGACCAUGCUGUUUUUACCAGGCGAGGAGAAGACCUUUUCAUGUGUAUGGACAUACAGCUGGUUGAAGCGCUGUGUGGCUUCCAAAAGCCAAUAUCUACUCUUGACAACGGAACCAUAGUCAUCACUUCUCAUCCAGGUCAGAUUGUGAAGCAUGAAGAUAUUCAAUGUGUGCUAAAUGAAGGCAUGCCAAUUUAUCGCAGACCUUAUGAAAAGGGGCGCCUAAUCAUUGAAUUUAAGGUGAACUUCCCUGAGAAUGGCUUUCUCUCUCCUGAUAAACUCUCUCUGCUGGAAAAACUCCUGCCUGAGCAGAAGGAAGUAGAAGAGACUGAUGAAAUGGAUCAAGUGGAACUGGUGGACUUUGAUCCCAACCAGGAAAGACGGCGCCAUUACAAUGGAGAAGCAUAUGAGGAUGAUGACCCCCCCAGAGGUGGGGUCCAGUGUCAGACCUCUUAAUGGGGGCCAGUAAAUAUCGCUCACUGCUGGCAUUUUAUAUGCAGUAGUGAACAAGUGAAGGACUGUAAUCAUAAUAUGCUCACUACUUGCUAUGGUUUUUGUUUUAAUAUUCAACUAUAGUAGUGUUUUAAAGUUAAAUGAAGAAUAAACUGAAAUAU